AUGGAGCAUCUAGCGGACAAGGUCGCCGUGGUCACUGGAGGCGGAUCAGGUAUCAACCUCGCCUUCGUCAAAUUACUGCACAAUGCCGGCUGCAAAGUCCUCAUAGCAGAUCUCGGCCUUCAUGCGGAUGCGAAGAAGUGGCUGGAGGCACUGGGGCCUAAGUCAGACGCCAUCGCGUUCCAGCAGACCGACGUGACGGAUUGGAGUCAACUGGAACGCAUGUUCAACGUGUGCCAGGAGAAAUUCGGGGCUGUUCCGGAUAUCGUGGUGCCUGGUGCGGGCAUCUACGAGCCGAGCUCGAACACUUUCUGGGACGACGUCGACAGAGACUCGCACUACAAGGUCCUCGAUGUCAAUCUCGUACAUCCGAUCAAGGCUUCCAGACUGGCGAUACGGCACAUGGUCGAGGCCGGCAAGGGCGGGGCAAUCAUUCACACGUCGAGCAUUGCGGCCCAGAGGUCGAGUAUCGUCACGCCAUUGUACACUGCAUCAAAGCAUGGAAUUAGUAGUUUCGUCAGGGGCAUGGCGCCGCUGGAGGAGUUGGCUGGAAUCAGGGUUGCGGGUGUUGCGCCGGGUACUGUCGGGUCACCACUCUUCACCGACCACCCGGAAGCCAGCAAGUUUCUCGACAUGGAGAAAGAUUUCCUCCUCCCUCCCGAGGAGAUCGCCAAGGCCAUGUUUGCUCUGCUGACGGAUCGAAAGUACAAGUCCGGGACGAUACUGGAGGUCUGCGAUAUUGGAAACUGGCGAGAAGUGUCGUUACUCAAUGAUCCCGGUCCACGGGGACCUGCUACUUUGACGAGCAAGAAACACGAGGCUAUAAAGAGCAUUCUUCCGUUCUUGUCCAAGGACGGGAAGGUAGUAGCCACAGCGGCCACCGGCUCGUCGGAUGGGCCAGUGAAGGUGGUAACGGAUUGA